AUGCCGGCAGCAGCCCAUCACCAUGGCAUCCGCGCUGCCGGCAGGAACUGCCUGCCCUUUUCCCAGCCUUUGCAGCCAAGAGGCCGCCAGUGCGCCCUGCGCCGCCUCCCUGGCCCCCGACACCUCUCGGGGGGCUUCAACCCGAACUCCCCCAAAGCCCCGGUGCCACAGGCGCAGGCUGGGGUGGCGCUGGCCGAUCCCUGGUGGAAGAUGACGGUCCCCAUGCCCAACAGCUCGGCGGUGCCGUGGGCACGGCCGGAGACGGAGCUGGAGAGGUCACCCUGCCUGGUCGGCAUCAUCCCCGUCGUGUAUUACAGCGUCCUGCUGGGGCUGGGGCUGCCAGUGAACAUCCUGACUGCCGUGGCCCUGUCCCGCCUGGCCACCAGGACCAAGAAAUCGUCCUACUGGUACCUGCUGGCCCUGACCACCUCCGACAUCCUCACCCAGAUCUUCAUCAUCUUCGUGGGCUUCAUCCUGCAGACAGCCAUCCUGGCACGGGCGGUGCCCAGCGCCUUCAUCCAUACCGUCAACGUGCUGGAGUUCACGGCCAACCACGCGUCCACCUGGGUCACCGUCCUGCUGACCGUGGACCGCUACGUGGCCCUGUGCCACCCUCUGCGCUACCGCACUGUGUCCUACCCGCGGCGCACCCGCAAGAUCAUCGCGGCCGUCUUCGCCGUGGCCCUGGCCACCGGCAUCCCCUUCUACUGGUGGCUGGACAUGUGGCGUGACGCCGACCCCCCCACGGCGCUGGACACGGCGCUCAAGUGGCUGCACUGCGUCACCAUCUACUUCCUGCCCUGCAGCAUCUUCCUGGCCACCAACUCCGUCAUCAUCCGCAAGCUGAAGCGGCGGAGGCGCGCAGGGGGCGGCAAGACCACGGCCCUUCUGCUGGCCGUCACCACCGUCUUCGUCGUGCUCUGGGCUCCCCGGACCAUCGUCAUGAUGUGCCACCUCUACGUGGCCUCGGUCAGGAGGGACUGGCGCGUGCACCUGGCCUUGGACAUCGCCAACAUGGUGGCCAUGCUCAACACCUCCCUCAACUUCUUCCUCUACUGCUUCGUCAGCCAGACCUUCCGCCGCACGGUGGGCGAGGUGCUGCGGGGACAGCCCCGGCAGGACACCCGCCGUGGCAGUGGUCACUUCCCUCCCCCAGCCCUGAAACCGCUGAAGCUGCUGGGCAGCACCGCGCUCUGA